CGGGCGGCGGAAGGUUUUACAGGUGACGCCGUUCCCAUGGCGGCGGCUCGAGGAGGAUUCAGACUCGUCACCGGGGGGAGGGGCCUGAGCAGCCCCGCCCGCCGCCUGGGGGACGAUCCCAGCCGCCUCUCCCCCCGACAGGAGGCGGAGGAGCAGGUCCCGCACCGCCGACACCCGGGGAUCAGCAACCUGAAGACCAUCCGCCUGCCCGAUGCCCUCUCGCAAGGGGUCCGCUUGCUGCUGGAGCAAAGUCCCAUCAGACGGUUGGAAGAUGGCGCCCGGGAGCUGAGCGACUUCCUGUGGAGCCGCAAGAGGGCGGUGGAGGACCGGGAGCUGCGAGCUCGGGCCCAGCGCCUGUGGGAAAGGUUGGCGGGGAGCGCAGAGCGUACCCGGACAGAGGAGGGCUCAGGCGCUCAGGGUGAUCAGAGGAAGGAGGAGCGACUGCAGGAGCGCGUGCUCGCUGAGCUGCGCCGGACCACCUACCGCUGGAAGCCCAUCAGCUACGAUGAACAGCUGAGUAAGGUCUACAUGGCAGCGAGGCUCGACGGUGGGUACGCAGCGGUGACGAGAGUCCUGCAUGAGAUUAAGAAGCGUGUCCCUGAGUUUCAGCCUCGUACACUGCUGGACUUCGGAUCUGGCACUGGCACUGUCACUUGGGCGAGUCGUCAGGCCUGGGGAGGGUCGCUGCGGGAGUACCUGUGCGUGGACAGCUCGGCCGCGAUGCACCAGACUGCAGAGUUCCUGAUGAGAGGAGGGAGCGAUGCGGACACGGAACAAGUCAGUGGGGUUUACUUCCGACACUUCCUCCCCGUCUCACCAAAGGUAAAGUUUGACGUGGCAGUGUCCGCGUACUCGCUGUCUGAGCUGCCUACCCUGGCCGAGCGACUGCACGUGGUCGAGACCCUGUGGAGGAAAACUGAGAGCUUCUUGGUGUUAAUUGAGAAUGGAACAAAGGAGGGACAUCAGAUCCUGAUGGAAGCUCGUGAUGUUGUCCUGAAGACUAAAGACAAAGACCCCGGCGCUCGUGUCUAUGCUCCAUGCCCCCACGACCUGACCUGCCCCAAGCUGCUGGGGAAGACCCCCUUGCCGUGCAACUUCACGCAAGCCUACCAGCCCCUUCCCUUCACCUGGAACGCCAGCGUCAAAUCGGAGAAAUUCUCCUACGUCGUCCUGCGCCGGGGUCCCCGGGAGGAGGAGGAGGAGGAGGAGUCCGAGCGCUGGCCCAGGAUCGUCCAGCCCAUCCUGUGCCGGCCGCGGCACGUCCACGUCCACCUCUGCUGCGCCGACGGCGCCCUGCGGCACGCGGUCCUCAGCCCCCGCAAGAGCGGCAGAGACCUGUACCGACAGGCCCGCUGCAGCGACUGGGGAGACCGCCUGCCCGCCGACGGCAUCGCCGGGAGAGGAGAGCCGAGCGCGCCGGGAGAGGAGAGCACAGCGCGAUGGCCAGGGGACUCCCCGGAAGAACGGUGAUCGGACGUGCCCCCCCCCACCCCCCCCCCCACCGCUGCCGGUCACGCGAUCCGAGGGAGGAGCUUUGGCGUCAUCACAAGCUG